AUGAAACUGAUGGAAGGCCACAAAACAUUAAAACUUACGGAUUCGAAUCCCUUUUCAUACUCUGGGAAGAUAGUUGAGUGUUCUUGGAAUUCAGAUGAAAAUGUAUGGGUCUGUAUGGAGGUCCGGAUUGAUAAAUCAUCUCCAAAUGAGUUCAAUACCUUGAAGAUAUUGUAUGGACGGGAUAGGUUGAAAUCUACUUAA